GCCUUGACCAAUCCGGGGAAGGCGGGGAGCCGUUGGGGUUUGAAUCGUCGUCUGAAAACAGCGGCAGAUGACAGCAGCUUGUUGCGCUCGUAAAUAUCAGAAAAGUGAGCUAACUACCUCAUAUCACCCGAAAACAGCUUUCUGGACUUCAAUUUUGACUGCUAUCGUCGACUGAAGAUGUCAAAGAAACAGAUUUACUAUUCUGAAAAAUACACCGAUGAGGAGUUCGAGUACAGGCAUGUCGUGCUUCCAAAACAGCUGUCUAAACUGGUGCCCUCCUCCCACCUGAUGACAGAAGAGGAGUGGAGGGGGGUACAACAGAGCCAGGGCUGGAUUCAUUACAUGAUCCACAAACCAGAACCACAUGUACUGCUUUUCAGAAGGCCUCUCCCAAAGGAUUAAAUGGGGAACCAUCUGUAAAAUACCCACUAUCAUCUUUGCUGAUUUGUAUCGUCAUUGGACCGUACAUCUCUCCUACAUACAUCUCUACAUUUGUUCUAAUGUAUUGGUAGAAAACCCUUAGUUGUACUGUGUUUUUUUUGUUCUUUCAAACUCCCUCAAUUUUUAGAGGUAGUGAGAGGCAAAUAUCUUGAUUCCACUGUGAAUGGAAUAUAAACAAUAUGAAGGUGAAAGCUGGCUUGUCAAUUGUACAUUUUUAAUGCUUUUUUUAAAAUGUCUUUUGAUUUCAUUUUUGUUAUGAUUGAUUUAUUUACUGAGUGGUCACGCAGGCAUAGGAUUUUAUUUUUCUUAAAGCCCAUGAUUUUCCCAAAAGAGUUUUCUGUGUCUGAACAUUUUCUGCUCUUUGUACUUAUGUUUGUGUUAUGUAUAUAUUAUUUCUAGAUAUUAUAAAUUUUGACAGCGAGUCAUGAUUGAUUCAACAAGUUCUUUGUUGCUGAAAGAACUAAAUAAAAUGUGCUUUUCUCA